AUGCCAGGCCUGAUCAACAAGGAGAGGCAGAAUGCUCUGCCUCUCAGUGUCUCUGAGAUCACUUCCUGUGUCAGAGGUUACACUCUAGCCCUGACAGCAUCCAUGACCUACAACAACUUCGAGGACCAUCCUAUUGAAGGUAUCUUCAUUUACCCACUGGAAGAAUGCUCUACCGUUGUGGGAUUCGAGGCUAUGAUCUCCAGCCAAAUAAUAACAGUGCAAAUCAAAGACAAGUCCAAGAUGGAUGACUGUUACUUUGAUUGCUGCACUACAGCUAAUGGAGCCCUUCAGAGUGGCAGUGGUAAGAAUGUGUCUCACGUCAUGUCACCUCUGAAGAUAGUGCUGGAUGAGGACAUGGAGAGGACGGUGUUGGUGGUGAAUCUGGGGGUCAUCCCACCUCUGGAGACGGUCAACGUGCUGGUCAGCACCUCCUCUGAGCUGCCCACCCUGCCUGACGGGGGAAUCCGUGUCACGUCACCCUCCGUGUGCACCCCGAGGGUCCAGAGGACCAUCAACGAGGAGCAGGGACUCUCCCCUAACUUCCAGAACAGAACGAGGGAUAGGCAUAAUUGUGCCCUGGGUCCACAUGAACAGACACCCAUAAAUCCCCAGCUGUGCAUGGCCCUGCUGCUGGAGGAAGAGGCCAUCAACUCCAUCGACUAUGAGUUUAGCUUCCAGCUGGAGAUCAGAGCCCCCUAUCUCCUUGCAGGUGUGGAGAGCCCCUCUCAUGCGAUCCGGGCCGACGCAGACCCCCUGGCCCGCUCAGCCACCAGCGUUGUCAUCACCCUGGCUGACAAAUACACCUACGACUGCCCUGUGGAGAUCCUCAUCUACCCCAGCGAUCCUCAUCUGCCACAUGUGCUGAUUGAGGAUGGAGACAUGACACUGGAGGAGUACGAUGAUCACCUCGCGGGGAAGAGUGACUUCAUCAAGGCCACCAAGAAGGACUCCAGCAAUGAAAAUAAAGUGGAUAUCAUUCGCAAGCGUCUCCACAAGGACAUCCUUCACAACCCUGUGGUCAUGCUCAACUUCUGCCCAGACCUCAAGUCCAUGACCUCUGACCUGAGGAAGGUGCAUGGAGAGUACAUCUUCCUCAUUGACCGCAGUGGGAGCAUGAGUGGGGUCAACAUCAGCCGUGUCAAGGAUGCCAUGGUGGUGAUUCUGAAGAGCCUUGUGCCUGCCAGCCUCUUCAACAUCAUCGGCUUCGGCUCCACAUUCAAAACACUGUUUACUACCAGUCAGAGCUAUGAUGAGGAAACAGUAACCAUGGCUUGUGAGUACAUCAGGAAGAUCCGAGCUGACAUGGGCGGCACCAACAUCCUGGCACCGCUCAAAUGGAUCCUGAGGCAACCGAUGCACGCAGGUCAUCCUCGCAUGCUCUUCCUGCUCACGGACGGGGCCGUCAACAACACAGGGAAGGUCAUCGAGCUGGUCCGCAGCCAUGCCCGCUACACCAGGUGCUACACCUUCGGCAUCGGUCAGAGUGCUUGCAGGAGACUGAUGACAGGACUGGCGGCCGUUUCCAAAGGAACGGCAGAGUUCUUGGCAGAAGGGGAGAGACUGCAGCCCAAGAUUAUUAAAUCGCUGAAGAAGACCAUGGCCCCAGUGCUGAGUGACAUAGCCAUCGACUGGUUGUUCCCUGACACCAAGGAGGUGUUGCUCUCCCCAGUGGGCUCCACAUUCCUGUUCCCUGGGGACUGUUUGAUUGGCUACAGCGUGGUGUGCGACACCACGCGCUACCAUCCCAAUCCCAAAUCUGAUAAAAGGAGGCGAUACAGUAUGAUGCAUUCCAAUGUGUCAGCUAGCUCAGUGUUUUACCACUCCCAAGAGGAGGACCCAGGGACGACUACAGGCUUCUCUGACGGUCCAGAAAUGCACAGGGACAUACACUCCAGCCUGCCGUUUGACUCCUAUCUGGACUCCAUGUCAGAAAGCAGCCCUGGCCCCACAGAACACAAAGCCAUGGGAAUGGACAGCAAAUCGUCACCUAGAAGACGUGUGUAUAGCACCAGCCAGAUAGUGGAAUACAACCAAAACAUGAAGAAGACCUACACUCCCAGUGACCCCAGGUCUGUAGAGGGGAAGAACCCACUGAGGAGAGCUCAGGUCCAGGAGCUGAAUGGACAGACCAGCCCUGACUAUGGAGCACAGUGGAAGACUGACUACCACCCACAGCUGGUGAACCUGUGUGCCACAUCUGCCACGGCUUCCAGGGGGCGUACUGCCAACGGGGCUUCUCACAGACCUUCCCCCCAUCUGGAGUGGGCUCCCCAAGAGGUGGACCCAGAGCAGGCCCAGCCCCCCGGCUCCAACCUGCAGGCCGGAGCCACCAUGAGCAGGGCUGGCCCAGAGCACGCUCCAGGAGGAGCCAGGAGCACCAGUGGGGAGGACUGCUCCUCCUCCACUGACCCUUCUGUCGGCAGCUUAGGAGACGCAGACUGCUACCCCAAUCAGCUGUGUGAGAUAGAAACCCCCCAGGAGCCUUCAGCCACGCCAGACCUGAACACCACCCCUGCCUGUCAGGAAGUGGUGAAGGGGGACUGUAAGGCCGUGGUGUCGGGCCUGCUCUGCGGGAAGCCAGUCAAGUGGGAGGUGACCUUUGAUAUAAACCCCUACCUGAAGGGCAGAGAGCGGGAAGAGAAAGUUCACGAGGAACUGUGGAACGAAACGUUCCAUCAUCUGGCUGGACGUUCCAUUAUUCAGGAUUUUGAAAACAUGGCAGAUAAGGAGUGUGAGAUUGAGCAUGGUGCGUAA